UUUGACUUCUUCUUCUUCCCCUCCUCCUCACAUAUAAGUUAGGGUUUACCCAUCUCCUUCUUCCCCAAAACUCAAGAAAGAAAACAAUAAAAAACUAUUCCGACGAUGCCACCCUUCGACGGCACCACCACCGCCGCUCUCCUCUUCCCCCAUAAGCUGCCGGAACCCUCCAUCGUUACCCUAAACGUCGGCGGCCGCGUCUUCCAAACCACAUCGCAAACCCUAGCCGCCGCCGGAUCAUCUUCUCUUCUUUCUUCCCCUCCUUCCUUCAUCGAUCGAGAUCCCGAUCUCUUCGCCUCCCUUCUCGCCUUCCUCCGCACCGGCCGACUCCCCUCCGCCGCAGCGGCCGACGAUAUCUCAGACCUCGCCGCCGAGGCCGAGUUCUACGGCAUCGAUCCUCGUCUACUUCUUUCCUCCUCUUCUUCUUCCUCCUCCCUCUCUCUCCGCCGCUCACUUCUUCUCCCUCUUCCUGGCCGUGAUCCCGUCACCGCACUCUCUGCUUCCCCUUCCGGCGAACUCCUUGCCGCCCACGGUUCCAAGAUCUCAUCUUUCGACUUCUCCCUUCGUCGCCGGAAUACUUUCUUAACCUCUCUCCCCGCUGUGGACUCCCUCUUCUCCCUCCGCAACUCUUCUCUCGCUUUCGCCGGAGCAGCCGAUUUCCCCGGCCUGCAAAUUCUCGACCUCAGGUCCGGCUCUCUUCGCAAAACCCUAAACUGGUACCCCCAUCCUUCUGCUCCCGGAGCCACCGUUCAAUCCGUCUGCGCAUCCGCCGACCGUCAACUCCUUUUCUCCAGCUACGAAUCCGGCCGCCGCAACGCCAGCGCUAUCCUCGCUUUUGAUCUCAACUCCGGCGGCGAUUUCCGCCCUGUUUAUGAAAUCUCUCGCCGCGAGAUCUAUGGAGCUGAGCUCGAUUCCGCCAUUCCGGCAACAAAGCUCAAAUGGGUUCCAUCGCUCAAUCUCCUCAUGACUGCCGGAUCGCACUGGAGUCCUUCUGGUGUUGUCGGUAACAUUCAGCUGUGGGACAUCCGUGCCGGAGGUACCCCUGCUGCAAUUUUCGAUUUGAAGGAGAAAGAUGACUGCUUUGCGGAUGUCACGGUUUCGGAUGAGCUAUCUGCAAUGUUUAAGGUGGGAGCGAACUCUGGAGAUGUGUUCAUGGCGGAUUUGAGGAAACUAGAUGCAGGGGAGCCAUGGUUUCGGCUUGGCGGAGGGAGUUGGAAUGGUGGGAAGAAGGAAGGGAAGGGGUGUAGGAUUGAGAGCGAAGGAAGGCAGGUGUUUUGCAGCCGGGGAGGGGAUAUAGAGGUGUGGAGCGAGGUGGCGAUGGCGGCGGCGAUGGAGUUUGAGAAGAAGGUGAUGAGGAGGAAUUUGUUGGGGAGGGAGAAGGAUAUGGGUGGAGCGAGGAUUUUGCAGAUGGCUUUUGGAGGUAAAAGAAUGGUGGUGGCGAGGAGCGGGGAGUGUUCCGUUGAGGUUUGGGAGAGCUCAGAUCGUUGCUGACGGUUGAGAGAUUCAGGUUCUUCAGUCUCCUUCCUUUCUGGUUCUGUAGAAUGGUUGCAGAGAUCAGGUGUUCAGUUUUUCUUCAGUCUGUUGUACAGUGAAGAAUGGAUUUUUUUUUUUUUUGGAUUGAUUGAUUGAUUUUGUUAUUUUUGAGUCUGUAGAAUGUGUUACAAAGAGGAGUGUUUAUACCACUUGAAAAAAGUACACAUUUUCAUGUAUAAGUAUGAUACUAUGUAUGUAAUUUGACACUUCCUUGCUCCACAGACAUUUCUUUCCUAUGAGAAUAUGACCAGUGGUGGCACAAUGAGCAAUCAACAUUUAGGGGUCUCAAAUUAGAUUGUUUCAUGAGACUAGCUAAACU